AGGUUUACGAGUGGACGAAUGUGCAAAUCCAGACAGACCUGAUUGGUCUUUAAAGUGGUCGGCCCAUCUAGACGGGUUAAAGAGACCCAGAGCGAAGCUUCGUGAUGCUUGAAGAGAGCAUGGACAGCACGCUUAGAAGCAAAUGGACAGAGGAAGUAAAAGCCGGAGGUCUUUUCUCCUGUACAACUGUGUGUCAGGGGGGCGGGCAGCCAGCUCUUGGUCUUUCAUGGUGCACCCGGAGCAGGACUGUUGACCAACUUACAGUGGACCACAACGAGAGUGUGAAACUCUUACUGGCGAACACAGUUGAGACACCUUGUAACAACUCACAUAAAGAUGAAAUCAAACCACUAAAGUCAUCUGCAGACUGUCUUGGCAAAUGUCACAUCGACCUACAUGACCUCUAUGGAGAGAAAACAUGAGAUGUGCAGUCCCUUCAUCCCACGGCGCAACUCUUUGAGGAAAACAAGUGCAGAAAUAGUCAGUGAAGCCAGACAGUCCCUGAGAGUCCAGUCCACCCGGCGACCAUUCACUCCCAGAGAUGGACAUCGGCAGCUUUUUGGAAAUAGCUCUGUCCGUGCAGACCAAGACAACAGACCUCCAUCUGCAUUUAGUCUUCAUGCUCAAAAUUUUGAUGCUCCUGACUCCAGACCAGGUUCAGGGACUCGCCUCUCUCCUCUCGACCAUAAGCCAAAGUUUCCAGUCCCCUCCAAUGCUGAGGAUCCAUUCAAGGCCUUUCCCAAACCCCCGACUGACCCACUGGAGGUGAAGAGGGGGCUGCCAGGGGCGCGGGCACGCCUCCUCAGGGCUGGAUCUCUCACCAUGUUGUCUCCUAUAGAGGGACACGUAGACGUGAAAGAGAAAUUAAAUCCAGGCCUGGGAAAAAAGCAGCCAUCAGCUAAACGACUCUCCACUUCAGACCACACCGAGGUCCGCAGUGGUUCCCACAGACCUGGCCCACGCAGAACAGCAAGUGAAAGCGGAAUAAUGCAGCCUGGUGUUGACUCAGGCAUUAGACCCACAGAGUGCAAAGCAGGACCAAGAACAGGGCCGGGGAACGGAGACAACAGCACAAGCACAGAGGGGGACGCAGAGUCAGUGGUGUGGAAUAACAUGAUUGCUCCUCUUCUCCAACAACUAGAGAGAGUGGCUGCAGGCAGCUCCGAGGGCUCCUUGGACCGUCUGUGUGAUUUGUGCAACGGUCUCCAUGGCGCCUUGGCAGAAGCGGACAUGCUCGGCCGACGUUGUAAGAGGAGGUCAGGGAUACUUCGAACACUGUUCCGCCUCAUCGACCUUAACUCUGCCCGGCUCAACCUGCACAUCGCCAAGCUCUGCCUCGCUCUGUGUGUCAGUGGAAACAACCUGCUCAACAUCUGUAAGCUCAUCUUCCAGAUCAGCCGCAGUGAAAGCAACGACAUCCUCUUCCAGAACAACUCUAUCAUAGACACACUUCUGAGCAUUUUAAGCAACGAGGAUGUGUCCUCAUCUGGAGAAGCUCUGCUGUACUGUGUCGGGACUCUGAAAUUUCUCUCAGGAAACAGCGCAAUCCUCAGACUCCUGCUGGACAAGAACUGCAUCGGUGUGGCUCAGAAACUCAUCCAGAUGCUCUGCACAGCAGGAGACACCAACUUCACUAUAGCAGGGCACAUCCUUGUACAGCUGACAGCGUCCUUGAGGAACCUUGCAGAUCACCCUGAUUCCCGUCCACUCUUCGUCUCUCACUCUCUACUAUCAGAGCUCUGUGUGGUGCUGCGUCAGCACCGCAAAGACCCAGACAUCUGCACCAACAUUUCCAGAAUAUACAGCAAACUCUCCUCUUACUCAGAGUGCCGCCUUGCUUUGGCCCAGACCCCCGACUGCUACCAACUAUUUUUAGAACUGCUGAGCAAACAUCACCAAAAACAGGACCUUGUUGUGCGGCUCCUUUUCACCCUAGGGAACCUCACAGCCAAAAGCGACGAGGCUCGGCUGCAGCUCUUUCAGUGCAACGGCUGCAUGGACACACUCCUGCAGCUGUACAACACCUACCAGUGCAGAGACGACGACUCACCACACGCACACCCACAGAAAGAUCCCUCUUCCCUCAGUGAGCCUCAGGUUCCUCCACUGAGUGUGCAGGAGGGUGAGGAUGUGCUGGUGAAGUUGGUUAGGGUGUUGGCGAACAUGUGCAUCCACCCUUCUGUGGGUCCAGCUUUGGCAGCCAACACAACCUGCAUUCAGCUGCUGAUGGAGACACUCGAGCUGAGGUCUGUGCAAGAAAGCGAGGAGCUGUUAGUCAAUGUGGCUGCCACCAUCAACAACCUGUCCUUCUACCAGGAGCAAAGCUCUGUACUCAGACGCAGUCAACUCACCAUGGCAAAGUUGGUGUUAAAGUUGGUGCUCAGCUCCAGUAUGGACGCCGUGCUCGAGGCCACGCGUGUGUAUGGAAAUUUGACACAGUCCAAGGAUGUACGAGACUUCAUUAUGCAAAACAAAGUGCACCAGUUUGUAGUGACGCUGCUCGACUCAAAAAGCACUGAGAUGUGCUUUUCAGCCUGCGGGGUCCUCACCAACCUGGCUCUGGACGCCCCCAGCAGGGUCAGUCUCUCAGCAGAGGGGGCUGCCACCAAGCUUGUGGACUGUCUGAAAGACUUCGGACCAGGUGAUUGGCAGCUGGCGGGCCAGAUUUGUCAGGCGCUGUGGAACAUGAUCGGCGGCGGCUCAGAGAGGCUGCUGGACACACAGGAGAGAGAGUCACUGCUGGAGAUCCUCACCACAUACUUAGAUGGAGAGGAGGCUCUGAAGUGGGUAGAAAAUGAAGAUAUGAGGGACUACCACAAGGCAUGCUGGGAGUUAGAGUUCCUACCCGUAGCUCAAAAACUGAUGAAAAUGCUCCAGCCUGCAGACUGGACAUCCUGACAAACUGGCACUUUGAGUUAAGAGUUUCAUGUUGUCAUAGAAAACGUAGCAUUUUUUAAAAACUUUUGAACACUUAACCCAGAGUCUACAUUAUAACUAAUAAACGCUUACCUCCUGUAGGGUUUAAAGGUGGCUGUUAAGGUUUGUAGUUUCCUUUUUCAUGGAGAAAGCAUGUGAGGUCAGCUUGAGUUCAUGUCAAUGCUGGGGAAAAAAAGUCAAAACACUGUUAAAAACAUCUCAAUCGCUGCUGCAGCAUAAUUAACUUAUCCAGUAUCCAUCCAUAUGCUCAAGUUUUAUUAUUUACCAGAGACUCAAGUCACAUGACUGAGAUUCAAGUCAGUCUGGAGUCACAAAUUUCAUGACUUUAGACUCGACUAGCAACUGGACCUGGACUUUAACACCUAUGACUCAUGACUUCUCUCAGACUUGAGCCUUUUGACUUGAAAACACUUGAUACUUUUCCCCAAGCCCAAAGAUUAAAAGGUAUGUAAUUGAAAAAGUGUGUGCCAUGAAUCAGCUCAUUUCCCUUUUUCUGAAUCAACUAAUGUUAAUGUCUUUAUUUAAUUUGGGCAUAAAACAUAAAACAUGCAACAACAUAUAACUUUAACUUCUCACUUUAAAUGGAGGUUAGUCUGACUGAAAAUGUCUUACAAAUUUGUGAAGAGAACUUUUAAGACAUUUUUCCAACAUGAAUUCACUUGUUUUAACAAAAAUGUUAUAACAAAUAAUUACAAAUUUUAAAAAGCAUUCAAGAUUUUUGUAAGUGUAUUAUCUAAUUACUUAUUACUCUCUAUAAAAUGGCAUUACAUUUGGUAAAGAGUGCAUGAUGACUCGUUUAGGACUCGAAACUUAAGGGCUUGGGACUUAAGUGCUAAGACUUGAAACUUUGUUCUGACUUGCAAAACAGUGACUUGGUCCCACCUCCGCUAAAUACUCAAUUGAAGUUGACUGUUGAUGUUAUUUUUCAUGUACCUAUGAACUUUUUAUAGCCAGUUUUAAGGCCUGCAGGUGGUCAGUGUGUCAUAUUCAAAACAACAGAUUUUAGGUGGUUGAUAAAGGUGAUUAUGCAAAGUGUAAGAAGCAAAGUGAAUCUGCUUUAAAUGGUAAAAUAUAUGUACGCGUGUAUGGAUGUGAAAACUACCAGAUUUCUUUCUUAAUUCUGUAUGCUUCACAAACAAGGUCUUCAUUUAUUUAUUUCUAAGCCUUUGGUCAUUCUGUAUCUCAUCAGUACCAACAGCUAUAUGUUUUGAUUAUUAUUAUUAUUAUUAUUUUUUUUUUUAUACAUGUAGCAUUUUGUAUGCACUUUACUUCCCUUAAAGCUCACAAAAGCCUUAAGUUCUGGGUACCUUCACAUGUACAGGGAUAAUUUAAGCUCUUUGCACAUUUAUAUUACAGACGUGUUGUGUUUUGUAAGCUCACCGUGUUGUAAAGACUCUUCUAUGAUAAUGUCUUGAAAACUGAUGACUGACCUGGAAUUUACCUCAUAAGUAAAACUUUUAUUGCCUGUAGUCAGUGUGGUGUUGUACACAAUAAAAGAAAGUGGAAAAACAUCUUUUUAAAGCCUUUAUUAUUACACAGAUAUGGGGCCAGGCAGUGCUUACAAGUUACACCAAAUAGCCUAAAGUACAGCAUUUCAAAAUCACAUCGUUAUUACAUCGAGACAAAUCAGAAACGGCACUUAAUGUAAAACCCCCCCAGGUGUCAGUCCCCCCAAGUUUUCACACCACAGUGACCUUAAAACAACCACAAGACAAGCCGAUGUUUCAAACCUAAACAACUCAUUAGCCGGAGCUAAUAACAAACAUUGUUCUCUACGUGAAGUUUCUCAAGUUGAUAUGAAAGACAGCUGGCUGAUAUCAAGGUUGCUUAGUUAAUGUUUCCUGUUCCAUAUAUCGUCUGGGAAAGCCACCGAAAUGUGAAGGCAGUUUGGUUAGUGGGGAAUAACACUGAGAUAACACUCUCCUGGUGAUUUGACAGACAGAUGGGAAACACCUGAACUUCUGGCAUAUUACAAGCCUCAUCUGGGAAGUCAAAGAGUUUUCCCAGUGAGGUGUGACAUGGAGGCAAACGGGAAAGAGAGGUAAAGUCUCCUAUAGGAACCCCCUUUAUCUUGAUUGAAAUGUUGGUCAGGAACAAAGAGAAACUUUGACCUUGACCGCACCACAGGAGCAGGGACCGUUAAGUUCCCACUGAGUCAUUCAGUUCUCAAGCUACGGUAAAAAUGAAAUUCACGUGAAAGUCGCCGGACCGUACUGAUGACAAACUGAACUGUUCCCCUGAGCUCAGCAUACUGUUGAUGAAGUCAGCUUAGAGUGUACUUUGGAAUAUAAGGUGAUGUUUUUUCAUGAGUCAUCUCACAGCAGGUCAGUACACUUCCUGUACUUGUGCAACUGAACAGUGGAAGUGAGCUGAUGGUGACACUGAUUGUGCUGUUUGAUUCCUGAAUUGUGUCGGCCUCUCCACAUCUAGUACAAUCUCAAAUGAUGACGCAGUGAAAUCAAAUUGUUUAGGAGAAAACUACGAAUGAUACACGACAAUUUAUUAUCAUAGUUUAUUUUUUUUCCAUCUUUUUCUUAUAGUUUCAUAUAAAAAAAAGUGUCAGUAACUGACAUCAGUCAGAAGUUUGAAAAAAAACCUCCACUUCCUCUCAAACCACUUCCAAAUGUACCAUUCCUUUAUCAUCACCUUCCUCCUCCUCCUCCUCACUCAUUCGUCUGUCUGAUUCUCUCAAUCCACCCUCAGAAGAAUGCAGUACUUUACUGGUUUUUAGUAAACAAAAAAACAAAACAGCAGAGGGUUCAUACCUCUGUUCAAAAUAAAAAAAA